UGAAGCUCUGGCUGUGCAGUGAGACACGUGACCCUCCAGCUGCUGCAUCCAGUCACUAGAAGAAGUGCUGUCCCUUUAAUUCACAGUCCUUGUGUGCUGCAGGAAGGGACAUGCCUGUUCCAGUGGCUCAGUCUAUAGAGGAGCUGCUGCCAGUGCCAGGGCUGUGUGUGCCCAGCAGAUGCCAAGGGAUGAUGUGAAUGCUGGGGACAGCUCUGCAGAACUUCUCAGGAGCAGGGAAGAUGAGCACAGAACUCACCAAACCUGCUCUUGCACCAAAGCCACAAGGUCUUGACAGCUUCAGUCCCAAGUGUUCUUCUCCACUGCUCUCAAAAACUGGUCUUGUCCAUCAAGCAAAAUCUAUGUCCAGGGGUCCCAAGCCUCCAAUUGCCCCCAAACCGAUAUUAUCUCCGGCGACAGAAAGGAGGUGCAUAGAGGAUGAGAACAAUUCCCUAAAUAAGUGCUCCAAUGGUGAUGUCGUUUGUCCUGUGGAGAUCUACGAUGAGGACCACUACAGACCUGUGUGUGAUGACAUGACCUUCGAGGAUUAUAUUUCGGUUCCGGAGUCUCAGCUGACAGAUGAGGAAUGUACUGACUUUGAUUGUGAGAAAAGUUCAUCUUCUGAGGGCCCUGUAGACCUCUGGAAUGCAACAUCUGGGGAAGGGGAUAUCACAAGCUAUAGCCCAUCUCAAGCUGGGGAGGAAGACAGUGGACUUCCAGACAGUGCACCCUCAAAAGAGGUAGAAUCUGGAGACUUUACAGAGUUGGAUGACAGUGACAACACUGAUGCCCUCAGCUUGAGGUCUUCCUCCACUGCCGAGGCGGAUAGCUUGGUGCCUCAUUCUGGCUCAAUGCAAUUUAAAAAUGACCUUGGAGAUAUAGAUGAUUUUUUACUGUUGGACAGCAAUGAAUGUAAUGGAGAACCUAGGGAAGAACACGGGGAUGAGGACUUAUCUAAUAUCGGGAAUGAUGAGGUUAUUUUGACACAGGACGCAAGUGCAGAUAACCUAUCUGAUGGCAACAUCAAUGAUGAAAAUGACUAUGAGGGCUCUUUGGAGGAGACUCCGGGCAAUAAUCGCGCUGAUGAUGAUGGAUCUAAUGUGACAUCUGAUCAUGAACAUUUAGAUAUUGGAUCAACUGAAAAUUCUAUAUUGUCAGAGACUGCCCAUGGUGAGAAUGAGACAAGCCAAAGUGUGGAUGAGACAGCCCAGUAUGAGGAUGAAACAACUCAAUGUGUGGAAGAGACAGCCCAUUGUGAGAAUGAGACAACCCAAUAUUUGGAUGAGAUUCAAUGUGAUAAUGAAAGCACACAAUGUGUGGAUGAGAUAGUUCAAUGUGAUAACGAGACAACUCAAUGUGUGGAAGAGAGAGUUCAAAGGGAUGAUGAGACAACCCAGAAUGAGGAUACAACAGCCCAAUUUGUUGAUGAGGAAGUCCAAUGUGAGGAAAAUAUAGAAACUGAGGAGGACCUUGCUACAGACGUUUUAGUCAAUGAAGUAGAGACCAUAGAGGAUAAUAAUGUCCAGAAAUUCAAUGAUGAAGAAUUGCAAGACUUUAAUGAAGACUUGGACAGUGCUGUAUCAGCUCCUAGUAUUGAAAAGGAAAUUCAGCAAGAAAGUGAUGUAGACACAAAGGUCAAUAAUAUCUUUGAAGCUGUUGAAGAAGCAUCCUAUGUUGAUACUGAAUUUGGUCAAGACAAUGAAGAAACCAAGGAAGUCUCUGCAGAUGACAACCCUGAUGACAGCUGCCAGAUAAUCCCAUUUGAAUGUGAAAGUAAUGAUGAUGUGAAGGAGCCACCAGAAGAAACACAAGACACAGGAAAUGUACAAGAAGAAACCACCUGGGCCAGAAUGGAGCAGAUAAAAGAAGAAGACUCUUCUGAGGUCAUUGAUACAGCUGCAGACGAUGAAGGAAGUAGCGAAUAUGACGCAGACCCAGCUGUGGAUACUCAGGGUGAUGUAUUAUUUCCAAAGGAUGAAGCUGACACAGCAGAGCAGUCACCUGAAGACCAGGAAACAAAGGUCAAGAAGUGUGCAGAGAUCAUUACGGAGGCAGAAGAGGAUGACAGCAACCCAUAUGUCCUGGAGGACAGUCCACAAUCCAGGAGCAGGAAGCUGCUCAAUACAGAGGAGACCACUUCUCCCAACAAGAAAGAGGAAGGGACCAUCAUGGAAGAAUUCGGCCAGGAUGAUGGUGGCCAUCUAUUCAACAUAGACAGAAAAAAUAUUGUCACAAGGACAAGAUCCUACUCUGGAAAAAUCCCAGGGAACGUUCCUGAGACUGUACCUGAGGAGACUGUUGCAGAAAUGGAGGCUCAGCCAUGUCAUACCCACUUGUUAAUGAAUGCCAAAUCUGAAAAGCCGGAAUCUAAGCCUUUAGAUUUCAUAAGGGCUCUACCAAGAAAGCCAAGUCGUUUUAUAAUAUACCCAAGGUCCUGCUCAGUGGAAGGCAGAGAAAACACAGCCUCAAUGUACAUUGAGUCCGAUAUCAACUUCUCUCCAUACAUCAUUAGCUCUUCUGGCAGCUUUUCUCAGAGAAACUACCAUACACACAGUGGGAUGUCCACACCGACCUCUUUGGUUGACAUUCCUCCACCUUUCCAGCUCGCCAGUAUUACGAAAAAGCCAAUUACCAAAAGUUCCCCUUCGCUCUUUAUUGAGAAUGACUCUUCCGAGAAAGGCUUCAAGAAGAAGAAGUCAUCUUUCAAACGCUUCCUCACCUUGAAGUUCAAGAAGAAGACUGAAAACAAGGUCCAUGUUGACGUCAAUGUGUCUUCCUCUAGGACGUCUUCAGAGUCAAGUUACCAUGGUUCAUCCAGGUUAAUUGACCUAGACAGAAGAAGCAUUGGGAACUCUCCGCAGUUGCAGAGUCGUUCCGGGAUGCCUUGCCAUCCAGAUUCUCCAACCGCCAUGCUCUUCUACAAGGACAUGAAGAGGAAAGGAACAUCCAAGGCCUUUAACAGGAGUGUAGCGAGGGUGGAAUCUUUUGAGGAUCGUUCACGACCACCAUUUAUGCCUUUACCUUUAACUAAACCCAGGUCUAUUUCUUUUCCCAACGCGGACACCUCAGAUUAUGAGAAUAUCCCAGCCAUGAAUUCUUAUUAUGAGAAUAUACAGAUCCCCCCUCGGAGACCUGCCAGGGCCAGCACCUUCACGGAAUUCUUUGAAGAUCCCAGCAGAGCCUUGGCUUCUGCCAAUGAGAAUGACGGAUAUGUGGAUAUGAGCAGCUUCAAUACUUUUGAAGUCAAGCACCAGCAGACAUCGGAGCAGGAGGCUGAAAGCGCUUACACGGAGCCCUACAAAGUCUGCCCCAUCCCCAUGAACAACAUAGAGGACAUCACGUCUGACGAGGAUCAGAGGAGCUCUGAAGGCGAGGAGUCCAGCUCUGGAGGAAAUGGGGUACACAAGGACGGCCCGACGAGAGCUCUGAACAUCGUGGAGGAGCUGGUGACCUCCGAGAGGGGGUAUGUGGAAACGUUGCGGCAUCUGUGCACGGAAUUCCAUGCAUCAAUGCUCAGGGUGCUCGGCAGUGAAGAGGAAGAUGAGGAGGAAGAGCUAAGGCUAAGGCAUGGACUAAGCCAGCUGCAGUAUGUCUACCUAUUACAUGAAGAGGUUCUGGAGGAACUGGAAGAAAGAAUAAAGCACUGGGAGGAAAACCAGAAAAUUGCAGAUGUGUUUUUAAGCCGGAAAUCCAAAUUCCAGCACCAUACGGCCUUUAUUGUUUCAUUUGACAAGACCACAGCAGCCCUUGAAGAUUGUAGCCUCAAAAAACCCCAGGUCACCGCCGUCAUCAGAGACUUUGAGAGGAACUUCCAGCGCGGACAAUCGAGUGUUAAACACAAACUGGUGAAAGUGGUGCAGAGAAUUUUCCAGUAUCACAUGAUCCUCACAGAUUAUCUGAACAAUCUCUGUCCUGACCUGGUGGAGUAUGAAGACACUCAGGCCGCCCUGCUCAUUGUCUCCGAAGUUGCAGAUCGGGCGAUUGAGAGCAUGCGCCACGGGGAGAAUCUGCAGAAAUUGGUACAGAUCGAGUACAGCGUCCGGGGACAGCGCAGUCUCCUGCAGCCCGGGAGAGAGUUUGUUAAGGAGGGGACGUUAAUGAAGGUGUCCGGGAAAAACCGCCAUCCACGACACUUGUUCCUGAUGAACGACGUUCUGCUUUACACUUACGCACAGAAGGACGGCAAAUACAGGCUGAGAAAUACCCUCUCCAUUCCAGGAAUGCGGGUGAGUCGACCUAUUGUGGAGAAUGCUCAGCACGUCCUGAAGAUUGAAUGCAUGGAGUGCUGCCUCAUGCUGUCUGCCAGCUCCUGCUCAGAGAGGGACGACUGGUUCAGUUGCAUCAGCAGAACUGUUCAAGAAUAUUACAAGGCGCCGACCGUGUCCGUCUAUAACAAUGUGGAGAUGAGGGAACGAUUAGGAAUGUUCCUGGGAGAGAGGCCGCCGAGCGUGGCGCACAUGUCUCACGUCAUGAUGUGCAUGAACUGCGGCAGCGAUUUCACACUGACCCUGCGACGCCAUCACUGUCACGCCUGCGGCAAGAUUGUUUGCCGCAGUUGCUCAAGAAACAAAUAUCCUCUGAAGUAUCUGAAAGAUCGUCCGUCUAAAGUCUGCAAUGGCUGCUAUGCAGAGCUGCGGAAAAGAGAGCUUGCCUCGGCGAACACAAAUUCCUCCCCGCAGCUGCCAAGGUCCACCAGCAGCACUUUUACAUCAAUGCUUCACAGUUUUCACCCGUCUGCCUUCAAGAGGCACAAGAAAGUGCCGUCAGCUCUGAUGGAGGCCGCAGCGUCCGGGGAAAGCUCCUCCAUUAGUGGUUAUUUACAUCGGUGCAAAAAAGGCAAGAAAUACUGGAAGAAACGCUGGUUCGUUAUUAAGGGCAAAGUGCUGUACACGUACACCGCCUGCGAGGUGAGGGGCGCUCGUCCUCCAGAUGUCACCAAGGAAAAAAUUGCCUCAGAAAGUUUACCCUUAUUAGGUUUCCAUAUUGUGCCUGACAACUGGGACCAGAACCCCAAACUGGGCACAGUGUUUCAGCUUUACCACAAGCAGACCCUGUUCUAUAGCUUCAAAGCAGCAGACACCAAUGCAGCCAUCAGGUGGGUUGAAGCCAUUAAAGCGGCGUCAGUAUUAUAGCAUCCGCUCUCCUUCUGCCGAACCAAUGAACAUUAUUAUCUGAAUGUAAAUUCUACAAUGUUUGCAAGGAGAGGGUCGACUGGCGCCCCCUGCUGGCUUCAGACCGGAAGUUCUUUCUCCUCAGCUCUCUAUGGGACUCCAAUGUCUUACAGUCUCCAGUAGAAUGUAUUGCGGGUGUCGGCGGCGCUCGCUACUUAGGGUCUUUUUGGGUUAAAGUCUUAGUUUUAUCUAAUGGGACACUGACAACCCCCUCCAGAUGGCCCUGUUUACAGUUUCCUGAUGACUUACACUUAGCAGGUGAUUUUAUAAUGUUUUUAUCGGCCUCUGUGGAGGUAAGGUGCUUGUCAGCCGUGAAAUCAAAGUCUAUGGGGGAACUCCACCCGCAGCAGAGUCCAUGACCAGGACACGCUGGCUUAUUUUAUUUUGGCAAGCACCAGACUAUGCACUAGGACGACCCGUCGGCACACGCCUAAAGACGUUUAUGUCAAAGGGUGGAGUUCCCCUUUAAGCAACCCGAUAAACCUCUAUGAGAAAUCUAUCAAACCUCAUCGCUCAUGUUAUGUAAUGGAGGGAUAGGGGAUCUGCCCAGUUCUAAAGGACCACAUCAUACUGGGAUUGCUGGAAAUAUUAGGAGCAGGUCAGGGCGUAUAGGUCCCAACGCCUUCCGCUCGGAUCUGGGAUAUCAAAAGGCGUGAACCAGGGAUGAGCAAAUUUCAUAUUUUGAAGUUCGUGUUGUGGUAUUUACUGAAUUGAGUUAUGGAUUCAGUUACCACGGACCAUGACGGAAUGCAGAACGGAAACCAGGCGAAUCCGUUAAGCAGGCUAUAGACUGAAUGAAUAACGGAACGCCUCCGUCAUGGUCCGUGGUAACGGAAUUCAGUAAAUACCACAACACAAACUUCAAGAUAUGAAAUUCGCUCAUCCCUAGUGUGAACCACUAACGGCAUCCAUGGUGGUUGUCCCCCAGCUUUCCACAAACCCUGAAUGCAAUACACAUCUGCAUUGCUAUGCAGUUACAUUACCCCCCCCCCCCCACCCAUCUGCAGUUCUGGCAUUAUAACUCAUGAACCAGGAAGCUCAGGAUGAAUCUCGUUUCAGAUCUCACACAGAGAGGGGAUUGCUGCAGUGCAUGUAGGAGGACACAACAAUACUGAAUCUGCUACUGCAGGGGAUGGGGGUGCUCACAGGCCAUGCUGGGUCUAGUAGUCUCCCCCCCCCCCCUCUAUGCAGAAUACAUCCGCUGUAUUCCGAAUUUCCUAUGAUAAGUGCAUUGCAAACACCCUGUAUCCCUCCAUUAUAAAAGCAAUCUAUGCUCUGCCCUUGUUUACAGAGGACUUGCUAUACCUUACAA